AUGCCUGAAGACUGUCUAAUGAAGUUUAAACCUCCAUCUAAUUGGGACCCACCUCCACUACAACCAGAUCAUCCGAUAGAACUAUACAUAAACUAUAUAAUGCAAAGUAUAACUGAUCCAAAUUUUAAGAACAAUCUUUCAGACUCAGACAACCUAACCAGACCUGAAAGAACAGCCCUACGAUCUUUACAGAAAAACAAGGACAUCAUGAUUUUACCGGCGGAUAAAGGAUCAACAACUGUCGUAAUGAACACUGAUGACUACAAACAAGAGGCCUACAGACAACUUUCAGACAGAACAACAUACAAACCAACUGAUGAGGAUCCUACAAACAAAUUUAAUGAGGAAUUAAAUCAGUGGCUAAAACAAGAAGCUCCACGUCAGAACAUUUCGACUAGUACACUGGACCUACUAAUUAACAAAGAACCCAAAACACCUCAAUUCUACAUACUGCCAAAAAUCCACAAAAACAUUUUACCCCCUCCAGGCAGACCGAUUGUGGCCAGCUGCAACUCUAUAACCGAAAGAAUCUCGGCCUAUCUUGAUUCCCAUCUUCAGCCUGUAGUAAAAGAACUACCCUCCCAUGUGAAAGACACCAAUCACUUCCUAGACAGACUUCAAAUGAUUCCCACACCUUUGCCACCUGAUGCCAUUCUAGUAACUGUAGAUGUAACCUCACUGUACACCAACAUCCCCCACACGCAUGGCCUAGCAGCUUUGGAACACUUUCUUGAUCAACGACCGAAAAACUCACUUCCAUCCACUUCUUUUCUUAUCAAUUUGGCCAAAUUUAUCCUAGAGAAAAACAAUUUUCAGUUUGAGGGAAAGAAUUACAUCCAAACUAAAGGCACAGCAAUGGGAACAAGAAUGGCACCGUCAUAUGCCAACCUCUUCAUGGGUCGCCUCGAACAAGCCUUCCUCCGACAGCAAAAAGUACAACCUGAGUGCUGGUUCCGCUUUAUAGAUGACAUCUUUCUAAUCUGGACAUCUGGAACAGAAUCCCUCAAUGAAUUCCUCAAGAAUCUACAAAAUUUCAGUAUUUUACAGUUCACCCACAACAACUCACCUUCAGAAAUAACAUUUUUAGAUGUUAGCGUGAAAUUGAAUAAUGGACUGAUAACCACUGGCAUUCACAUCAAACCCACCAAUAACUUACAAUACUUACAUUUUGACAGUUGUCAUCCAGCCAACACCAAAAGAUCUAUACCUUAUAGCCAAGCCAUCCGAGCCAAACGUAUUUGUUCGACAGAAAAGGAACUCUCCAAUUUCAAUUCGAAAAUUUCCAACGCAUUUGUUGAAAGAGGCUACCCCAAAAACCUUGUAGAAAACCAAAUCCGUUUAGCCCAAUCAAACAACCCUCCAACAAAGAAACUAAAACCACAGCAAAACCUAAACCUAAUAACCGAAUACCACCAUGGCCUACAAUCCCUCAACUCCAUUCUAAAAGAUGGAUUCAAAAUUCUCCAAGCUUCCCCACACACAAAGGAUUUCCUGAAAACCCCCCCAACCACCACAUUUCGCCAACCACCUAACAUCAAAAAGAUUCUUGUUCAUCCUAAGAUACCGGAUCCAAUUACAGCAACCAGAAACAAACCCCCAAACGGCUCUUUCCCAUGUAAUACUUCCAGAUGUAAAACGUGUGCCAUCAACCCCCCCACCACAAGUUUUUCCAGCAACGCCACAAAUGAAGUUUUCAAGAUUCAAGGACACAACACCUGCAGCACCAGCAAUGUAAUUUAUCAGCUUCAAUGUAAAAACUGCCCAGCUCAGUAUAUAGGCCUAACAAAGAACCAGUUCCGUACCAGAAUGAACGGUCAUCGUCAAGAUGUAAAAAAUAAUUAUAAAGACAAACCAGUAGUCAACCAUGCCUCAUCCCACUCAAAAUCUGAUUUUAAUAGCUGCUACUCUUCAAAAAUAAUAAAACAACUGCCUCCAAACUGCAACCCCUCAGAACUGAGAAGAUGGGAACUAAGCUACCAAUGGUUCACCCAUUCUAGAAACCCACCAAACCUUAAUCUAAGAUAA